AUGCCGAGCUCUAAGGUCCCAAAGCGCGUCACUUCGGCGGCAUUGUCCCGACGAUUGACAGCGUCGUCGUCGAUGUCAAUGUCGAAUUACAAUACCGAGGGUAUCCCGCAUUCCGCUGGCCUUCCAGAAUACUUAGUGCUACCGGAUCAGGUGAAGAACGUGCUGACGAGACAAAUAUCAGCGGCGGUGGAGGACGUCUUGGACAGUAUGAUGCACGAAGGCACAGAGGACAUUCAUUGGCGCGGCAAGAUGCGUAAGGACGGCAUUGUUUAUUACGAAGACAGAGAGAGCGUGACGAAGGAACAGACGCGCUUCUGCUGCGUUGACAGCACGGAAGCCUCUGUCGAGGAGGUGGUGAACCUGUUCGUAGUGUCCGAUACCGACAUGCUGUUGCAGCGGUGCCGUAUCAUGUACGACAACAUCAUGGACGCCAGGAUCUUGACCGUAAUGGAGCAUCCGUCGGAAGAACAUCCGAUGCGAUCUUCUUACAUUCGAUACACUGCCUUUAAGGCCAGGACACUGCAACGCAACAAUCGCGAUAUGUGCGUCGUUGUAUCGACCGACGUCAUCCAGUGCGCAGACGGAUCGACAGUGGGCUACUGCGUGUGGGACUCGCUUAAUCUACCCGAGAUCUCUCAACUGGAUGUACCACAGGGCUUCAUCCGGACUCGCAUGUUCCGUUCCGGAUAUUUUGUGCAGAACUCUGGAGAGCCGGGAGCUAUGACCAAGGUUGCCUACGUAGUCGGUAUCGAGGCUGGUGGACUCGCGCCACGGCUCACUACGCGCUACUACAUGCCUCGAUUUGGUGAAGUUCUCAGCCGAAUUAUCGCACACCUCCGUCGCAGACAACUCGACCCCUCUACGUUCGUGUCCGAGUCCCAGUGGACUGACAAGCAGAAGGCCACAUUCUGUCAGUGCUGCAGCAAACACUUUGGCGCAGUGAAGCUACUCGACACUCGACGAUACAACUGCGUGUCGUGUGGUGACGCCAUUUGCCAUGCUUGUCACCACGUCGAAGCAAUUGAAAUCCCAGGAGCUGGGAAGACAACAGCAGGAAUUUGUGUUGGCUGCAAAACCGACAACAUCGGUAAGAGUUCGUCCCGACGAAUGUCACGCUGGUCAAGCUGGGGAACAAGCUUUUCGUCCGAUUCGACAGAGUCAUCUACCAGAUCUCUGUACAUGUGA